UACAAUCCCAUCUCUCCAAUUUCAUUGGCUCUCAUUUCUCCCAAAUCUCCAUUCUUACAGAAUUCACUCCAAUUUUCCCAAAUCAAACACAAACCCAUCCCAGCCCUAAUCGAUUUUACAGAGCAAGCUUCAAUGGCGGCAUCAAUGGCGACCAUGGCGAUCCUCAACCCCAAAUGCUUCUCCCUCAACAGAACCCCCAUCAUCCCCUCAAACUCAAAACCCACCACACCCAUCUCCCUCCCAAUUAAAACUUCCCUCGCCGGAACCGCCAUCGCCGGAGCUAUCUUCUCGACAUUGAGCUCCAGCGACGCCGCCUUCGCCGCCCAACAAAUCGCCGACAUAGCGGAGGGCGACAACCGUGGGCUCGCCCUUUUGCUGCCCCUCGUCCCGGCGGUGGCGUGGGUGCUCUUCAACAUUCUUCAGCCGGCGCUUAAUCAGAUCAACCGGAUGCGAACGGAGAAGGCGGUGAUUGUUGGGCUGGGGCUCGGCGGGCUGGCGGCGUCGGGCUUGGUCAUGACGCCGGAAGCUAUGGCGGCGGAAGCUUCCAGCGACGGCAGGGGACAACUUCUGCUGAUUGUUGUGGCGCCGGCGAUUCUGUGGGUUCUGUACAACAUUCUACAGCCGGCGUUGAACCAGCUCAAUCGGAUGAGAUCCGAAUGAUCGACGAUCGUCAAACUCAUCCCGGUACCGGAAUCGAAGGCUUGUAAUUUUAAUUAAACUCUCUCUUCUGUUUUAUAAAUGGAGCGUUUUAGUCAAAACUUGGCAACUUUUUUAAGUGUUUAUAAUCCAACUUUAUUUCUUUCGUAUGAUAUAUAUAGUGUAUUUGUUUCUA